AUCCCGGUGUGAAAAACCUGUCUCUGUCUCCUGUUGUUGAUGGAGACUUCCUCCCUGAUCAGCCUGGCAACUUGUUUCACAACGCCGCUGAAAUUGAUUACCUUGCAGGGGUUAACAACAUGGAUGGAUAUCUGUUCACCUCGAAGGACAUUCCUUCCCUUGGUGACAAGAAUCAAGACACUCUAGUAGAAGACAUAAAGAGGCUCCUUGCUGCAUACACCAAAGAGACGGGGCAAGCUGGUUUGGAGAUUGCCUUUGCUGAAUACUCGUCCAACUGGGGAUCAACACCCACCCAGAACACCAUUAAGACAGCUGCUGUGGAUAUUGGGACUGACUACCUCUUCCUGGUUCCUACACAGACUGCCAUCGUCCAGCAUGCAGCUAAUGCCAAAUCUGGCCGUACCUACUCCUACCUGCUGUCUGAGCCCAGUUUAUUGGCUGGACCAGGCAAACCCUACCACGACUGGGUGGGAGCCGAUCACGCUGAUGACCUGCAGUACGUGUUUGGCAAACCCUUUACCACACCAAAGGCUUAUGGGGGCAGACAGAGAGACCUGUCUGGCUAUAUCAUUGCCUACUGGACUAACUUUGCCAGAACUGGAAACCCAAACAAAGGAAACCUAAAGGUGCCUGUGACUUGGCCUGAAUUCACCAGCACUGGACAGCAGUUCCUGGACAUCAAUGCUAAGAUGAAUGCAAGCUCCAUUGGACAGGAAAUGAGGCAGCGUUUUGUCCACCUUUGGACCAGCACCCUUCCCAGCCUCCCAUCACAUGCUCAGUGAUGCAUUUUUUCAUUUAAAAUACACCAAAUAUACAAAUAAAAGUGUGUACAAUGAACCUCAUGAGUUAAAAAUAGAAAUGUCAGGGUCAACUUGAAUGCCUACCUAAAGUUGUAGCUUUUAUCACCAGUGGAUGUUUGUUGACUCAGCAAAAGAGUUUGUCUCAUAAUAAAUAAACAAUAAGACGUGACACAAUCUCCCACACACAUCAUAUGAAGACUUUAACAUACUGUAGCCAUCCGCCCUCAAUUCAACAUCCCAAAAAUUAAAGCUUAAAUAAGGAAUGUAAUUGAAUGUGACCCCAACACAAGCCAAAUCAAGACUGAAAGCAACAACAUUUUUCUGUUUUUUGAUCUGUAAAAAUCCAGAUCUGCAUUAACAAAAACGUUUGAUACAGACAUGGAUUACAUCUGCUGUAAUCCAUGUGUUUGACAAUGUGCCACAUGAGAGUGUAUGUAUGACUUUCUCCAAAUCUACCUGCCGUGACAUACCGAUUUAUAUAUCGUCUUAGUGGAAAACAUGCCCUCUAGUGGGGGUUUCUACUUUAAAGUGUUCAUAUUAGGCUUUUGGCUUUUUCCCUUUCCUUUAUUGUGUUAAAUAUAUUUUUUGUGCUCGUUAUAGGUGUACAAAGUGAAAAAGCCCAAAGUCUCCCCCAAAGGGACUUACCAUCUCCAACAGAAAACACUGUUCACAAACUGCUCCAAACAGCUCUACUGUAGUCCAGCCUUUACUUCUGUGACAAACACGUGUCACUUUGUAACACGUGUUAUAAUCUUUGCCUAGUUGCUAGCAUGGCACGCCCUCAUCCUCUAGUACUGACUGGCUAGUAGUCCUUACCUAGCUUCUGCACAUCUGCAACUCUAAACAAAAUUAGAACAGAAGUGAGAUGUCUCACUCUGUAGCUAAAACAGAGAGCUCAGCACACGGGGUGAAAAGAGGAGCUAUGGCAAUGUGCAGUACAACAAAAGUAUGGUGUUGUUUUAAUGAAACCAUGUAAACCUAUUCUGACAUUACCUCCAAAUACAAGUAUGAACCUGAAGUUGAGCAUAAUAUGAGCUCUCUAUCUAUUUGACACACUGCUGUAACUUUGUCAAGAGGGAGAGAGAAGGGAAACUUGUUAAGCAUGCAGUUUUGUGUUAUAUUCAUGCAGAUAAUUAGCGCAUAACGCACUAAUCUUCACACAUACAUUCACAAAUUGUUAUUUUUCUAAAUUGCGUACGAGCAUAUGUAGUGUGAUUAGGCUCCUGGCUUCUUACACUAAGGAGAAGGGCAAGGCUGGUUUGGCCAAAGCUUACUCCACAUACACCUCCACCUGGAGCUCAAACCCCAGCAGGGAGACUGAGAAAACACUAAGAAGACCAAUGAGUUUAGAACAGACUUCCCUCGGUCCUAUUCAGGGAUAACUUUUUAUUUUAGGGCAAGGAUGAUUUCUCUGGUUAUGUCCGCUAAUUGGCCUGCAUUUACCAACACUGCACUAUAAAUCCAAUACACACUGAUAUGUGCAAGAAGCCAAUAUUACAUUACAGUCUGAGAUCUUGCAUUACCUACAAGUGGGCGCAUGCAGCACACGAAUCAGGCCCAGGCAUGUUACGUACAGGUUAAAUAUACAGGCUUGUAU